AGGGAGCAAAACAGUUAGGGAAGCAAGUCAGAGACGUGGCUUAUGAGGCUGGAGACGUUGGACCCCAUAUUUUUAACCCGCCGUCUCAUAAGCUACGUCUUAUGUCUCAAAAGAAUCAAGGAAGAGUCUUCAGUCUCAUAAGCCACGUCUUUGACUUGCUUCACCCCGAUGUUUUAUUCAUGUAUUGAUUCCGCAAUUUUCAGGAAAGAAUGCAUGUAUUCCAAAUCAUCCUUCAAAUUACUCACUCUUAGUUGAACACCUGCUCAGUUUCAUUUGCAACAAAGAAACCAUAGCGAUCUCAGCGAUUUGUUUUCACCGCGGCCGUCGUUGAGCUUGAUGGCGGAGAUAAACGCUGCCGGAGAUGAUAACGGUGAUCAUCAGACCGAAAUCACCGUCAAAACAAUUGGCGCUUCUCCUCCUUUUCGUCUCAAUGUCCCCUCUUCUCUCAAGGUGUAUGAUCUUAGAAAGCGUAUUGCUGUAAAUGGCCAUCUGCCUAUUGAGAAUUUGACUCUAAUCUUGAAAGGGCAAGUUUUGCAAGAUGAGAAGAAUGGUGUAGAUGAAGUCAUCUUCCUAAAUGAUGGAGAUUCCUUGCUUGUUGCGGUUAAACCAAAACCUCCUGUCAAUCAUAAUACUCCCAAUGGAUUAGAUGAAGACGAUGAAGAUGAUGAUGACCUGAAAUUUCAGCUUCCUCAAUUAACAAGUGCAUGGAAACGAAGACUUUUUGGUUUUCUACAUGACAAAAUGAGAAUUCCAGAUAUGAUAUUGAUGGCGGUUUUCUCCAUCAGCAUAAAGAUGUGGAUUUUAACAAUUUCUUGGUUCAUACUUGCACCUGUGGCUCAUAGUUGGGAUUUGGGACCUUUAUAUAUUCUCGCCACUGGUUUUGCUAUCAUUUUCUUAAAUCUAGGAAAGCGACAACAAGGAGAUAUGAGUGCGUAUUCCAUCUUCAAUGAGGAUUUCAGAGAGCUUCCAGGAACUCUUAAUGCCGACAGACUAGACCAAGACAUCCGGGCAGGCCAGUUUUGAUCGACUCAUUUGGUAUGCCUGUUGUGUUAUAUGAAAGUUAAGAAUUAGACGGAAACUGUUUUCUGUACAGCUUUCUCUUUCCGUGUUGUGAUUUAACCUCGAAUAUUUCAUAGGAGGCACAUAAGUUUAGCAUUUCACCUCGCAAUAUCCUUCUUUUGACAUUGCUUUUUGAUAUGUUUAUGUUCUGGAUCUGAUUCAUAGAUAGAAACAUAAAUAAAUUUUUUUUUGUCUCAA